AUGAACCGCCAUCCACCAUCCAGUUACGGCGACGCGCCGCCUGGAUACCCCGAUGAGACAUCCUCUUUUCUGUCUGAUCCCGAAUCACCAAUCAAUGCAUCGCGCCUCAAUGGUGGUACAAUGCGCCUGCUACCAACCAGUAGUGAUGGGGCCGAUGACAUGAGUAGUGCCAGAGCUCCCUCGCCUUCUCAUUACAAUUAUGAACCAGACUAUGAUCACACCCCGACCGGACAAGAGCCCGCAUAUGAUCAUUAUUACCAGGUUCCUAGCGCGUCUUCGCCUUCACGCCCCCCAUCCAGCUUAGGCAGCGGGCCUCAUAUGCCACCUCCCACAGCAAGUCUCGCAGACACAUCCGUUUACCCUUCUAUUCCUCCACGCACAGGAUCUCCAAUCCGUCCAUGGAGCCCAUCACACAUUCGUCCCCCAUCUGUGUCAAGUGUUGGUUACGAACGCUCCGAUAUCAACGGCAGUCCUCGACCUGGUACCCCUAGCUCAAGAUAUGGAGGUAGUCCUCGUCGGCCAUUACCUCCUGCUCCGUUGUUUUCGGGACCAAAAUCAACAGUAGACACCAGCAUUGACAUCGGUGAUGGCCUCAGUGGAGACGAUCCAUUUGGGGGCGAUGGCCGGACUAUCCAUCAUACAUCACGCGGCAGCGUUCGAUCAUUUAUGAGCGAGUCAACAAUGUUGGGCGAUGAAAAGGACCUGCAAAAAGUCGAUCUUGAAGACGAGGACGAUGGAGACGAAACUGGCACUCUCGAUCCUAAUCUGCACUACGGUCCAGCCCCAGAGAAACAAGGCCGUCGCGGUGUUCGUUCCAAGCAGGUGGCCAAAAAAGAGGUCCAGCUUGUUAACGGCGAGCUGAUCUUGGAGUGUAAGAUCCCGACUAUCCUGCACAGUUUUCUGCCCCGUCGCGAUGAGCGCGAGUUCACGCAUAUGCGGUACACUGCCGUUACAUCCGACCCCGAUGACUUUGCGGAGCGCGGGUACAAGCUUCGCCAGCAGAUUGGAACAACCACCCGUGAAACUGAGUUGUUUAUUUGUGUUACCAUGUACAACGAAGAUGAAAUUGGUUUUACGCGCACCAUGCAUGGUAUCAUGCAGAACAUCAGUCACUUCUGUUCCCGAACCAAGUCUCGCACUUGGGGCCGUGAUGGGUGGAAGAAGAUUGUCGUUUGUAUCGUCGCUGAUGGACGUAAGAAGGUUCACCCGCGUACUCUUAACGCUUUGGCUGCCCUCGGUGUUUACCAGGAGGGUAUUGCGAAAAACAUUGUCAACCAAAAAGAAGUCCAGGCCCACGUGUACGAAUACACAACUCAGGUCUCGCUCGAUGACGAUCUCAAGUUUAAGGGUGCUGAGAAGGGCAUUGUGCCCUGUCAAGUCAUUUUCUGUCUAAAGGAACACAACAAGAAGAAGUUGAAUUCCCACCGUUGGUUCUUCAAUGCCUUCGGACGUGCUCUUCAGCCUAAUAUUUGCAUUCUGCUCGAUGUCGGUACCCGCCCAGAGCAAACUGCUCUCUACCACCUAUGGAAGGCCUUUGAUCAAGACUCCAAUGUCGCCGGUGCUGCCGGUGAGAUUAAGGCUGGCAAAGGAAAGCACUGGCUUGGUCUCCUCAAUCCCCUUGUUGCCAGUCAGAAUUUCGAAUACAAAAUGUCGAACAUUCUUGAUAAGCCAUUGGAAUCAGUCUUUGGAUACAUUACGGUGCUUCCUGGUGCGCUGAGUGCGUACCGUUUCUUCGCCUUGCAGAACGAUGCAGAUGGUCACGGCCCACUCAACCAGUAUUUCAAGGGUGAGACACUGCACGGUCAAGAUGCGGACGUUUUUACGGCCAAUAUGUACUUAGCCGAGGAUCGUAUUCUUUGCUGGGAGUUGGUUGCAAAGCGAGAAGAGAGAUGGGUGCUUAAAUUUGUCAAGAACGCUGUUGGUGAGACCGAUGUGCCAGAUACGGUGCCCGAGUUCAUUUCCCAGCGUCGCCGUUGGCUAAACGGUGCUUUCUUCGCGGCUGUUUACUCCAUUUUCAAUGCGAAGCAGAUCUGGUACACAGAUCAUACUUUUGCCAGAAAGGUCCUGCUUCAUAUUGAAUUCUUCUAUCAAUUCCUCAAUCUUCUGUUUACCUACUUCGGUCUUGUGAGUGACUUUUUCCCCCUUUUUCCCUCAACCUCUGCUGACUUUCCACAGGCCAAUUUUUAUCUUGCUUUCUACUUCAUUGCUGGCUCUUUGACUGAUGAGAAGCUUGAUCCCUUUGGACACAAUAUGGGCAAAUACUUUUUCGUUGUUUUGAAAUAUGCUUGUGUUUUGGUCAUGUGCCUGCAGUUCAUUAUCUCUCUGGGUAAUCGACCGCAAGGUGCCAAGAACAUGUAUCUUUCCGGCAUUGUCGUGUACGCGAUUAUUAUGUUCUACACCGUCUUCUGUGCACUAUAUCUCGUUGUCAAGGAACUGAUGGCACGAGCGGGUAUAGGAAGCGACGAUAUGGCAGUGAGCGACAGUCUCAUGAUGAACAUCGUUUUAUCCAUGCUUUCAACCGUCGGCCUCUACUUCUAUACCUCCUUCCUCUACCUGGACCCAUGGCACAUGUUCACAUCCUCCGCUCAAUACUUCCUCCUUAUGCCAAGUUACAUUUGCAUCUUGCAGGUUUACGCUUUCUGCAAUACCCACGAUGUGACAUGGGGAACGAAGGGAGACAACGUGAUUAACACAGACCUCGGUGCCGCAAAGGUCAUUAAGGGCUCAACCGUCGUUGUCGAAAUGCCUUCGGAGCAACUCGACAUUGACUCUGGCUAUGACGCUGCCCUCCGCAACCUCCGUGAUCGCCUCGAGGUGCCUGAGCCCCCACCAUCCGAUUCCCAGCUGCAGGAGGAUUACUACCGCGCUGUGCGCACCUAUAUGGUUUCCAUCUGGAUGGUUGCGAAUGUUGUUCUCGGGAUGGCCAUUUCGGAAGUCUACGGUGUUGAUGCCGGCGGUACAAACAUUUACCUUUCUAUUAUCCUCUGGUCUGUGGCUGUUCUCGCUGGUAUUCGUGCUAUCGGCUCAACUGCCUACGCUAUCCUCCACCUUGUUCACAAGAUUGUUGAAGCAAAGACGAAGUUCGAUGCCGGUAAUAUGAGCAACUUCGCCCCUAGCUCCUACGGUGGAUCGAGUGUCGGUGCCACUUCCGAGUCUAAUAAAAGUGCGGCUCGUCCUGUGCGCUACGGUGGUGGUACAUCGAUUAAGGAUAAGCUUUCUGAGGCUCGAUGGUCUGCUGGUCGCGCGGUCAAUAAAGCUAUGUUCUGGCGCAAGUAG